AUGUGGAUGCUUAAAAAUGUGUCAGAAUACAUUUCAAAGAAAGCUGAGGACAUGUUCUCAUCAACGGAAGGACAAUCAUCUCAAUCUCCUCCGCCUCCUCCUCCGCCAAAAGUUCUUGAUAAACCAUGGAGAAAAAUAGACUGGGGAAAAAAACAGGAAUCUCUCCAGUAUGUGAACAACUACAAACCUUUUAAUAAAGAGCAGCAGCUCAGGAUUCUUCUUCAUGGACAAUGUGGAGCAGGAAAAUCCAGUUUCAUCAACUCUGUCCAAAGUGUUUUAAGAGGCAGGAUGUGCAGACAGGCUUUGGCAGACAACACCUCUGGUGAUAGUUUCACCAAAAAGUACAAAACAUACAGGAUCCAUAAAGACCGUCCAGACAUAUUUUACCCUUUUAUCUUCAACGACCUCAUGGGCCUCAGCAAACACAAAGGUGCCCUUGUAGACGACAUAAAACUGUCUUUGCAGGGACAUGUAAAGGACAAUUGCAGGUUCAAUACAGAAUCUAGAUUACCAGAAGAUGAUGCGCUUUACAACAUUGCUCCGAAUGAUAAUGAUAAGGUUCAUGUUCUGGUUUAUGUUGUUGAUGCUAACACAUUGUCAACCAUGAGCGACGAAGUUCAGAAGAAGUUUAAGGACAUCAGGGAAGAAGCCUCUCAUCUGGACAUUCCACAAAUAGCCAUUCUCACCAAAGUUGAUGCAGCCUGUCCAGAGGUGAAGAAGGAUUUGAAGAACAUCUACAGGAGCACAUAUUUGAAAGAGAUGAUGGAACAGUUCAGUGUAGAUGUGGGGAUUCCUAUGGACUCCAUCUUCCUUGUGAAGAACUAUCAUGAGGAAAUUGACCUCAAUGACGACAUCGACUCACUGAUCCUGAGCGCCCUGAAACACAUUCUCUAUUCUGGAGAAGACUUUGUCAACAGAAAACUGGAGACAAUGUAGAAAAUGAAACUGAAAGGUGUUCUAGUAAAUACUGUCUACUGAGGUCUAACCUGCUGUUUAGAUUAAUCAAAAGCAGAAGACAUUCAAUAUACAUUAUAAUUAGAGGUUAGAAUAGUGUUGAUUAGUGCAGUGAUAAUUGUUAUGAUAUUAUACUCCAUAAUCACAAAUAAGCAAGAAAAGCAGCAAUGGCACCGAACUGAAGGUGUCGUUAACUGAAAUUAUUCUGAUCAGUUAUUUGGGUGACUGGAGUUUGUGGGUCACGGUUUCUUCUGGUUGUUGAAAAUCACAUAGUUACUAUUAAAAGACAAUCUGUAAUCUGA